UAAUAAGGCCGGCGCCAUGCCUAGAUUAGAGUCCAGCAGGCCGCCCGGAGGUGUGUGGCUUUGCUCCCGGGUGCUGCUGCUCUGCCCUAGCUCUUGACAGGCGAUCUAUCCACACUUAGUCAGCCACGCCUGCAGUUCACGGAGCUGAGACCUGCGAAACUUUAUGUCCCUUAGCAGCCACGGUGCAUAGGGGAACAGUAUCCCGACCCAGCGAUCUGUACAUUUUGACUCUGAACAAGACGCGAUAACCCCGCGACUCCACGACUGCGAUGUGUCCGAUGUCUUCUGUCAAUCCAAAACUAUCGUAACCUCAGCUUGCUGAUAGACGUUGUUCCUCACCACGCCGGCCAAAUGUCUGGUGCCGAGAGUGAGCCUCGAGAAGCCGACUCCGAUCCUGUUCACGAGCCAGAAGACGUUUCGGAGGAGGAGGUUGAGGAAACAGCGCAGGAACACAACGCAGAAGAUGCCGACACUACAGACACUCCUGGUCACGCGGUGACGAUAACGGUCGAAGAUACAGACCCAGAUGGCAGACUUUCGGGGCCUGAGGAAGAGGAAGAUGAUGAUGAGGCAGAAGUCCACGGCGAUAAUUCGACGGCGACGGAAUCACAACAGGAUUUUGGGGAUGUGACCGAUGCCCAGGAAGAAAGAGACGAACCCUCGUCAGAAAGCACCGCCGAACAUGAUGUCCCUUCAAUACCUCCGCAGGAGAUCAAGGAGGACGAAGUUUUUCCAGUGCAGCAGACGGACGAGAAUGACACAUCGAGAAGUCAACCUGAGCCCAUCCCGCAAACUCGCCCUACGAGGUCUGAUUCAAGGUCCACAACGGUCUCGCGUCCCGUGCCUGUCACCUCCAUCGUCUUCGUCGUCAGCGCAUUGGAAACCAUUGGUGCGGCCAAGGAGGUGCGCAGGAACAAAGCGUUCUCUGAUGCUGUGCAAGCGGCCUUGUCAAACGUCAAGAAUAAUGAUCAUGGAGUCAACCCGGAGAUCAUCUUCCGCCCGUUGCAAAUGGCCACAAAGUCAUUUGAUGUUCCUCUCCAGGUGACCGCGCUGGACUGUAUUGGCAAGUUGAUCAGCUACUCAUACUUUGCUUUUCCGGUCGCCACGAAAGAAAAUGCUGACGGAGCAAAUGCGCAACCCUUGAUCGAGAGAGCAAUCGAGACAAUCUGUGACUGCUUUGAAAAUGAGGCCACCGCGGUGGAGAUACAACAACAAAUCAUCAAGUCGUUGCUUGCGGCAGUGCUGGAUGAUAAGAUCGUUGUCCACGGCGCCGGACUCUUGAAAGCUGUCCGGCAGAUAUACAACAUCUUCAUCUACUCCAAAUCGAGCCAGAAUCAACAAGUAGCACAGGGCUCUCUACUUCAGAUGGUAGCAACAGUGUUUGAACGAGUCAGAGUAAGACUGGAUCUCAAGGAGGCCCGCUUGAGGGAGCAGGCAGAAGCAAGAUCGGACCGAGCACUUUCUGCGGAUACAAACAUGUUCGAGCAUGUCGGACUUGAUGGUCUGAACGGACAGAUGGACACUCCUGACCAGGAAACCCCACCCGCUCUGCCAGAAGGGUCGAUUCAAUCGCAGGAGAAGCUGACCUUGCAGAGCUUCGAGAACACUAAGAACCUGGAUGAUGCCGUCGUGGCUGACAGUGCGCCUACGACCGUUACCCGAGCCAUGAGGGAACGCAAGAACACCCGUUCCAGCUCGGGACCAAUAUCGCGUACGAGUUUGCAGGAAGACCGCGAGGAGGCCGAGCUGUCUCCAGACGAUGAGGACGACAUUUAUAUCAAGGAUGCUUUCCUUGUGUUCCGUUCUUUGUGCAAACUGAGCCAGAAAGUCUUGAACCACGACCAGCAGCAGGAUCUGAGAACUCAAAACAUGCGCUCCAAACUACUCUCACUCCACCUCAUUUUCCAUGUCAUCAAUAACUAUACAACGGUCUUCACGUCCUCAUUUUGCACCAUUAAGAGCGGCAACAAUGAUGAAAGCACCCCCUUUCUGCAAGUCGCCAAGCCACAUUUAUGCCUCAGUCUCUCACGCAAUGCAUCGAGUUCUGUAUCCAGGGUCUAUCAAGUGUGCUGUGAAAUCUUUUGGCUCUGCCUCAAGCAUAUGCGUGUUCUCCUUAAGAAAGAGCUUGAAGUGUUUCUCAAAGAGGUCUACCUCGCAGUAUUAGAGAGGCGGAGUGCACCACAGUUUCAGAAACAGAUGUUCAUGGACGUCCUAGAGAGACUCUCAGGCGACCCCCGUGCGCUGGUGGAGGUCUAUCUCAACUAUGAUUGCGACCGAACUGCACUGGAUAACAUGUACCAAGAGAUCAUCGAGCAUCUGUCCAGAAUAUGCAGCACUCCAGUUGCGGUCACCCCAGCUCAGCAACACCAAUAUCAAGAACAGCAAGCAAAAUCAUCAAACUCCGAGUGGCAGUCCAAAGGGUCUCUAUUGCCGAACCUGACGACAUCAGCUCUCAGUCAUCCUCCCCAUCCUCCGCCCUCAAUACCUGUCGAAUAUGCAUUGAAACAGCAAGCACUCCGUUGUCUGGUGGACGUUUUAUCGUCGCUAGACAAUUGGUCCGUUCAAACGCAGGUCGAUCGUGUUAGCGGUAGUAGCUAUCCUGUCUCAAAAGGUUCCUUUGAGGAUUCUAGAGAGUCUCUCGACCACGAAAGGCCCCCGCCAUCGCCGCGCAUGCCUGGGGUGGCAUCAUCAGGUGUCUCAACUCCGGCCGCCGAAGAUGAUCCGACCGAGAUUGAGAAGAUCCGGAUGCGAAAAUCGGCUCUGAACGAGGCCAUCAGGCAGUUCAAUUUCAAACCGAAACGAGGGAUCAAAGCUCUCGUGGCCGAGGGCUUCAUUCGCAGUAACACUCCGCAGGACAUUGCCAAAUUCCUCUACGGCAACGACAAACUCGAUAAGGCUAUGCUCGGAGAAUACCUUGGAGAGGGCGACGAGCAGAACAUUGCGGUCAUGCAUGCAUUUGUGGACACGAUGGAGUUUACGAAACGACGCUUUGUUGAUGCAUUGCGUCAAUUCCUGCAAAGCUUCCGGCUGCCCGGAGAGGCUCAAAAAAUCGAUCGCUUCAUGCUGAAAUUCGCAGAACGGUACUUGACAGGCAAUCCGAAUGCAUUUGCCAACGCCGAUACUGCCUAUGUUCUUGCAUAUUCAGUGAUCAUGCUGAAUACUGAUCAACACAGCACAAAGCUGAAAGGUGCAAGAAUGACUGUUGAUGAUUUCAUCAAGAAUAAUCGAGGCAUCAAUGAUGGUCAGGACCUGCCUGCCGAAUACCUGUCCAGCAUUUUCGAGGAGAUUGCGAACAAUGAGAUCGUCCUUGCUUCCGAACGCGAGCAUGCUGCUGAGUUAGGUAUUGUUGCAUCUGCACCAUCAGUAGGUUUAGCCUCAAGAGCUGGUCAGGCCCUGGCGAAUGUUGGGCGGGACUUGCAGAGGGAGAAGUACGCACAAGCAUCAGAAGAGAUGGCAAAUAAAACUGAGCAGCUGUAUCGAAGCCUCAUCAGAGCGCAAAAGCGGUCAGCUGUCAGAGAGGCACUAUCUCGAUUCAUCCCAGCCACAUCCACCAAACACGUCGGUCCGAUGUUCGGUGUCAGUUGGAUGUCGUUCCUCUCUGCAUUCUCGAGUCAAAUGCAAGACGCACAAAAUCUAGACCUGAUCAAACAGUGCCUGUAUGGGUUGAGGUUGGCGAUCAGGAUCUCCUGUAGAUUUGACCUGGAGACACCGAGGGUCGCUUUCGUCACCGCUUUGGCCAAGUUCACCAACCUCGGCAAUCUAAAAGAGAUGAUGGCGAAGAAUCUGGAGGCUCUGAAAGUGCUUAUUGAAGUUGCCUUGUCCGAGGGCGAUGUCCUCAAGAGCUCAUGGCGGGAAGUACUGAUGUGCAUCAGUCAGCUCGACAGACUACAGCUCUUGUCCACUGGCGUCGACGAAGGCGCGAUCCCGGACAUGACUAGGGCAAAUAUUCCUACACCUUCCAAUGCAAGGAGGGAGAGUGGUCGAAGUCGCCAAUCCAUGCAGGGCCCCAGACGUCCGCGACCCAGAUCUGCCCACAGCUACCGACCGGAAGUUGCGGACGAGACGAAGUCAACGGACAUGGUCCGUGGUGUUGACCGAAUCUUCACCAAUACCGCUAAGCUAUCUUCAGAGGCCAUACUUGAUUUUGUUCGCGCUCUUAGCGAUGUCAGCUGGCAGGAAAUCCAGUCAUCCGGCAAUAGUGAAUCACCGAGGAUGUAUAGUCUCCAGAAGCUGGUGGAAAUCAGCUACUACAACAUGACCCGUGUCAGGAUAGAAUGGGCACGAUUAUGGGAAGUCCUCGGCGAGCAUUUCAAUCAGGUCGGCUGCCACAAUAACACCGCUGUGGUCUUCUUUGCUCUAGACUCCCUACGACAAUUGUCUAUGCGAUUCCUGGAAAUUGAGGAACUACCAGGCUUCAAGUUUCAGAAAGACUUUCUGAAACCUUACGAGCAUGUCAUGGCGAACAGCACUGUUGUUACCGUCAAGGACAUGGUCCUACGUUGUCUCAUACAGAUGAUUCAAGCCCGAGGAGACAAUAUUAGAUCCGGUUGGAAAACGAUGUUUGGGGUCUUUUCUAUUGCAGCCAGAGAGCAAUACGAAGGGAUUGUCAACCUUGCCUUUGAUUAUACCUCUCAAAUCUACAAUACACGAUUUGGUGUUGUGAUAUCGCAGGGCUCUUUUCCCGAUUUGAUUAUCUGCUUGACAGAGUUCUCGAAGAAUCUGAAAUUCCAGAAAAAGUCCCUCCAGGCAAUUGAGCUGCUCAAGUCAACAGUGCCGAAGAUGUUGAAAACUCCAGAAUGUCCACUCGCAAGACGACAUGGAAAGUCAGUCCCGGGCGACCAUGCUAUUGUCGGAGUGAGACAGCCGACUUCGCAGACAGAAGAGGAACAGUUCUGGUAUCCUGUACUGAUUGCAUAUCAGGACGUCUUGAUGACAGGGGAAGACUUGGAAGUACGAUCAAGAGCGUUGACUUACCUCUUCGAAACGCUGAUACGAUACGGCGGGGACUUUCCCAUCGAGUUCUGGGAUGUCCUAUGGCGCCAGGUUCUCUAUCCGAUAUUCGUCGUCCUGCAGUCCAAGUCGGAGAUGUCCAAAGCUCCCAACCAUGAAGAAUUAUCGGUAUGGCUAUCUACGACAAUGAUCCAGGCCUUACGAAACAUGAUUACCCUCUUUACACAUUACUUUGAAUCUUUGGAGCAUAUGCUAGACCGAUUUCUGGACCUUUUGACCUUGUGCAUAUGUCAGGAAAACGAUACGAUUGCCCGAAUAGGAAGCAAUUGUCUACAGCAACUUAUUUUACAAAACGUCACGAAGUUCACACCGGAUCACUGGUCUCGGAUUGUUACCGCCUUUGUCGAACUUUUCAACCGUACAACAGCCUACGAACUCUUUUCUGCCGCAGCCACUAUGUCUGAUGCCCGACCUACUCCAUCUACUGAGGGAGGUGACGGCCUCAGUAUUUCCGGGGCUUCCCUUGUUGACACCCCGACAACGAAUGGUGCAGCUCUUCAGCUACCACUCCCUACACCUCCUUCGGACGCCCAGGCAGAUCCCAUGAGUGUGCCACCAGAGAGUCCUCAAGCAUCACAGGAACUGGAAGACUACCGGCCACAUUCAGAUAUGCAUGCUCCAGCUCCAGUAGUGACAGCAGCACGACGGCGUUUCUUCAACAAGAUCAUCACAAAUUGCGUCCUUCAACUGCUGAUGAUCGAGACGGUACAUGAGCUGUUCUCAAAUGACUCGGUGUAUGCUCAGAUUCCUUCGCCUGAGCUGCUCCGUCUGAUGACUCUUCUCAAGAAGUCAUAUCAAUUCGCCAAGAAGUUCAAUGGCGACAAGGAUUUGAGGAUGGCGUUGUGGAGACAAGGAUUCAUGCGGCAACCACCAAAUCUGCUAAAGCAAGAGUCCGGAUCUGCCAAUACCUAUGUGAGUAUCUUGUUGAGGAUGUAUCACGACGAAGGCGAGGAGAGAAGAUCAAGUAGAGAACAGACUGAGGGUGCUCUGGUACCGCUAUGUGCGGAUAUCAUGCGUUCCUUCAUCCUGCUUGACGAAGAAACGCAGCAACGCAACAUUGUGGCAUGGCGGCCCGUUGUGAUCGAUGUUUUGGAAGGAUACACGAAUUUCCCUAGAGACAGCUUCUCGAAGCAUCUCGAAACUUUCUACCCUUUGUCUGUUGGACUUUUGGAGCGAGAGGUCGGCCAGGAGCUGCGUGCUGCUAUAUGGGGCAUGUUCCGCCGGGUCGGCGAGGUCCAGUUUGGUAUGCCCGAGCUUGCGAUCUCACGGGGUCGGGACAAUAGUGUCGGCAGCAUGAGCAGGAAUGGCAGUGUGAGUGCGAUGCCGACCAGUCCGUCGCAGUCGGCUAGAGGGUUUGAGUCCGGAAGGAGAGGGAGCCGGAAUAGUCGGACUGGAGUGGUGUGACGAUACCUAGGUAGGUUGAUCGUCGUCUCGGACACUUCUUAGAUGUAAGCUUUGCGAGGGUGAAGCGGAAAACUUCUUAGAUGUAUACUUGCGAGGGUGAACAGGCCUUGUACUGUAUCAAUGCGAACAAAAACUUUGGGACGGGACUGAUACAGUACGGUAAUGGCUUUGCCUUGAAAUCAAUUCUCAUGCUGGGUAAAGGGUAUCUCCACCUACUCGCCCCUUGUGCAUCCAGUCAUGGUUUUCUUGCAGUCUCGCAGCCUUGU